CUCCUGCCUAGGGGAUCCAUUGCUCUGCGCUCUGCUCGCGAUGCCUUUCCGGGCUUUCCACGUUGCUGGGCGCCGCCAUUGCACUAGAGGCAGCCAUGGAAGUGGAGGCAGUCAAGAAGGAGGGGAAAGCGGCCCCUCUCCGGCGCCGGCAUGUGGCCCAUCAGAUCCCAAAGGAGAUCCUCUCGGACCCGGACCUGCAGGCGGCCGUGGGGUCUUUGCCCCCCAACUACAACUUCGAGGUCCCCAAAACCGUCUGGCGCCUCCGGCAGAGCCAAGCCAAGCGGGUGGCCCUGCAGAUGCCUGAAGGCCUCCUGAUGUUCGCCUGCACCUUGGCCGACAUCCUUGAGAGAUUCACGGGCGCAGAGACUAUCAUCAUGGGGGACGUCACUUACGGGGCUUGUUGCGUGGACGACUUCACCGCCAAGGCCUUGGGGGCCGACUUCUUGGUCCAUUAUGGACACAGCUGCCUGGUCCCGAUCGAUGCCACGCGGGGCCUGCAGAUGCUGUAUGUCUUUGUAGACAUCAAGGUGGAUACGGGACAUUUCGUGGACUCCGUCCGCUUCAACUUUGACCCCGGCUCCAGGCUGGCCCUGGUCAGCACUGUCCAGUUCCUCUCUGCCCUCCAGGCGUCCGCUCGGGACUUGGCUCCGGAAUAUUGUGUCCAAAUCCCACAAAGCAAGCCUCUGUCACCGGGAGAGAUCCUGGGAUGCACUGCCCCCCGGUUGCCUAGCAACACCGAUGCUAUUGUGUAUUUGGGAGACGGCCGUUUUCACUUGGAGUCCAUCAUGAUUGCAAACCCCAGCAUCCCCGCUUACAGGUACGACCCCUACAGCAAGGUCUUCUCCAAGGAGGGCUUCUCCCACCGGCGCAUGGCGGACUCCCGGGAGAGGGCCGUGGGCCAGGCCUCCCGGGCCGGGAAGUGGGGCCUGAUCCUGGGCUCCUUGGGCCGGCAGGGCUCCCCCGCCAUCCUACAGCACCUGGAGUCGGUGUUGGGGUCCCUGGGGCGGCCCUUCCUGCGCGUGCUCCUCUCGGAGAUCUUCCCCCAGAAGCUGGGCCUCUUCCCGGAGGUCGAAGCGUGGGUCCAGGUCGCCUGCCCUCGGCUCUCCAUUGACUGGGGAGAGGCCUUCCCCAAGCCCCUGCUCACCCCCUACGAGGCGGCGGUAGCGCUACAGCAGAUUGAAUGGCAAGAGACGUACCCCAUGGACUUCUAUGCGGCCCAAUCGCUCGGCCCUUGGACCGUCAACCACCACUCCCAUCGUCCACAGAAGGCGGCAAAAGAGGUCAAGACAGUCAAGGAUGAAUGAACGAGCGUCAAUAAAAAGCCAGCAUAAAUAAUAAAUAUAAGUGAUUAUUUUUUCUAUUUUUAA